GUGGGGGUCCGGUAUGCAAACCAGUUCUGAAAUAUUUACUGUGUUAUUAAUGGAAAUUACUGAAAGGGGUAAUUUUGGCUCACAAUAAAUUCUCUUUUAAUGUGCGUUACCGUUCGCCUCUUGACCAACUAUAAAAGUGUUGCAAGACCAAGGAAACUACUUACUUGUUGGUCGGAAAGACAUGUUUUAUUCUCAUCAAUAUAAAGGACUUCGGUUCCCCAUUCAGUGUGUUUGGCUCAAACUGAAUGGCUCUUGGCCCUUAUCGCCAACGUCAAAAGAAAAGAGUCGAAGAGACGAAUCUGUUUUGGGCAAUUCAUAUCUUGCCACUGCCUAUAUAAUAUGGGCGUGGUACGUCAUAGCUUCUGUUGGCAUUACAAUCAGCUAUCAAACCGGUUUUCUGAUUAAAAACCUUUCGGAUAUUAUAAUCACCACUGAAAACUGUUGUUCCACCUUCAUGGGAGUCCUCAACUUUGUCCGACUUAUUCAUUUACGCCUUAAUCAACGGAAGUUCCGAGAUUUAAUUAAACAUUUUUCUUACGAAAUCUGGAUACCAGACAGCAGUUCAGAGAACAGUAUUGCUGCCGAGUGUCGGAAGCGGAUGGUCACGUUUAGCAUCAUGACUGCUUUGCUGUCCUGCCUUAUUAUCAUGUACUGCGUAAUGCCUUUGGUUGAGCUAUUUUUUGGCCCCGAACUGGACCCUCAGGACAGGCCAUUUCCCUACAAAAUGGUGUUUCCGUACAAUGCCAACAAGAGCUGGAUCGGCUAUGUGCUCACCUACAUGUUCACAUCGUAUGCCGGAAUUUGCGUGGUGACCACGUUGUUUGCAGAGGAUUCCCUUUUCGGGUUCUUCAUAACAUACACUUGCGGCCAAUUUCAAUUGCUGCACGAACGGAUCGACAAUUUGUUUACGGAAUCCAACGAAGACGACGAACAAAUGCAGCUGAAACGGCUCAAAGGAAUCGUAGAGAAACACAACAAUAUUAUCAGAUUCGCUCAUCGCUUGGAGGACUUUUUUAAUCCAAUUCUAUUGGUCAAUCUUAUGAUUUCAUCGGUUCUUAUUUGCAUGGUUGGCUUUCAAAUUAUCACUGGUAAAAAUAUGUUCAUUGGGGAUUAUGUAAAGUUUAUAAUUUAUAUAUCCUCGGCCAUUUCGCAACUGUACGUACUCUGCGAGAAUGGAGACGCAUUAAUAAAGCAGUCCACAUUGACGGCACAAAUUCUAUAUGGAUGCCAAUGGGAAAUCUCAGGCCAAUUUAAGCCAGGUUCCGAUAAAUCGAACAGCAAGAAUAUCCGGAAUCAUUUGUGGUUCAUGAUACUCUGCAGCCAACAGCCCGUGAGGAUAACGGCGUUCAAAUUCUCCACAUUGUCCUUGCAAAGUUUUACGGCGGUAUGUAAUCCUCUUAAAGAAAGCGCAAAUGCAGUAAACCAAAUCUUUUCUCAGAUAUUAAGUACGUCGAUGAGCUAUUUCACAUUAUUGCGGUCAGUUUACUUCGAUGACGAAAAAAAACACAACUAAAUAAAUACGGAACAACGACACUUUAAUCAAGUUGUAAGACAAACACUUAGUGACCGAUAAUUUUAUUUUAUACAAAUAUGCUGAUUUGAAAACUUUUCUCAACUUUUCAAUUAAUGUGAGUAAGUAGGUCAGGAAUGGAAAUUCUCCAAAUUAUAUGCCGCUUUCACAAAAACUAUUUUUUCAUUGAUCAACAAAGAUUGGAGUAUUUUAAAUUACGAAUUUAGUAGUUUUUGUAUAGCCUUUUU